AUGGGAUAUCUGUGUUUUUCUGUUUUAGGUCUUGGAUGUGGUUUAUUAUACACUGCAUCAGUGACCAUCACAUGCCAGUAUUUUGAUAAACGUCGGGGUCUUGCACUUGGCCUGGUUUCAACAGGGUCAAGCAUUGGAAUUUUUAUAUAUGCUGCACUUCAGUUGGAACUGGUUCAACUCUACGGAUUAGACGGGUGUCUACUCAUCGUGGGCGCCUUAGCGCUGAAUAUCUUACCUUGUGGCAUUCUAAUGCGGCCCCUGGAACCCUCUGCUUGCCCUCAACCUGAAAAAGCUCCCGUCGAAAGUGUUUCAGCCCAGUACUCCAUUUACAAGGAGAAAGAGAAGGUCCCGGAGGAGAACGUUAGCAUGCUUGAGAAAGGCUACGGGGAAGAGAAGUUUGGGAGUCCUUUGGUCACCAGCGACUCCAAACGGGAGAGUCCGUUCCACGAGAAGGAGGCAGCCACGGUGCAGACAAAGGAAACGGAGGUUUACAAAAAGAAAGAAUCGGAACAGAAGAAUUUUUGUAAACAGUUGGCCAAGAAAAAUUGGCAGAUGUGCCAGAACUACUGGACAGAGACCGUGUCCUUAUUCAAGAAUCGAAUCUUUACCGCCCUCUUCAUCGCCAUCUUGCUUUUGGACAUCGGGGCCUUUCCGCCUUUGCUGCUAAUGGAAGAUGUGGCCAGAGAUGCCAACGUGCCGGAUGAAGACUUUGUCAUUCCCCUCGUGUCGAUCCUAGGCAUUAUGACGGCCGUUGGCAAGUUUCUCUUAGGAGUGCUAGCUGACUUAAAGUUUAUCAACACUUUAUAUCUCUAUGUGCUCAGCUUGAUACUCACCAGCCUGACCUUGUGUGCUAUUCCCUUUGCCAAAAGCUACCUCGGAUUGGCAAUCAUUUGUGGGUUAAUAGGGUUUUUCACUGGCAACUGGUCCAUCUUCCCAUACGUGACUACCAAGGCUGUGGGAAUUGAGAAACUGACCCAUGCCUAUGGGAUUUUAAUGUUCUUUGCAGGAGUUGGAAAUUGCCUGGGACCACCCAUUGUCGGUUGGUUUUAUGACUGGACACAGAACUACGACGUCGCCUUCUACUUUUGUGGAUUAUGUGUCCUGAUCGGCGGGGUGGUUCUGCUGCUUGCUGCCUUACCUUGGGGGAACAUGUGUCACAGAGACAGCGCCAAGCCUGCCCCAAAGCCUUACGUUUACCAAGCUGCAUCUAAUGCAUAGGGGAACACUGGGAUGCCUCCUAGGGCCAUUUUAUGCUCUCUCUCUCUCUAGCAAAGUCCUCAAGAGAGUUUGCAAGUGGCUCAAGCAGUCAAGACCCCUUUUCUAUUAGACAAACUCCCCAGUGGCUGGCUCGUAGCCGCCAUCGCCAUCACCCUUCCCCAGCCUCGUCGGCUGUAUUUUCUUGUUGCCCGUCAAUCAGGGUCUCUUUUGCUACACCGUUGCCCCCAUUUCAAGGUUUUGAAAUGGUAACAAACUUGGAUGGCAUGAGGAGAUGCCCUCUGCAUUGAGGGGUGACAUCUCCGUGUCCACUUUGCCAGCCCCAUAAUGAGAUACCCAGAAGGGAAGUCUUCUGCAUUGCCAACGGUGAAGCAGCCAGUCUAUCGAGAUGCGCACAGAUGCCAUUGGGAUCUUCUGGAUCCUCUUCUCUUGGCCAUAUUAGCUGAUUAACCACUUGAAGUUUUGUUUUAAAAACUGAUCAAGAGAAGCAACCCAAAUUCACCAGGAAUGAACAUUUUUCUGGAAAGGGGCAUUCAAAAUGGCAGCCGAGCCAGAUGACAGUCCCUGUCGGGAUUCCGUGAUAUUGUCUUAUUUUUUGUUUCCUAAGCAUCUUGAGUUCAUUCAGUGUCCUGCUGAGCACACACACAGCACAGUUCCCUGGCCUCAAGGACUUUGCAGAGGGGCAGGUGAGCUCCCACUAUGCUGUCGCCCCGGGACCUGACCUAGGUUGUUUGCUAACCAAAACACGACCCACUCUUAGUAGGUGGCACCCAUUCAACAGAUGUUCCACUAAGGAGGGCCAGGUGGGAGGGUGCCAUUUCCAGUUCUGAGAUUUCAAAUUGGAAAUCCUGAUGUCGAUCAUUCCAUUAGUGCAAAGGGGAGCCUUCCGUUAGGUUUGAACACAGCCCAGUUGCACACUUAAAGCAAUUGUGGCUACCCAUGUGGCCAUUCUUCCAGGAUAACUGUUUACAAUGUUUGUCUUCAGAUUUGAGGGGAACCAUGGGGCCAGGGGUGGGGGCAUUGGUUAAGUGGGGAGGGAGGAAUGAGAACUCGGUGCUUUGGUCCAGCUAAUUCCAGGAAAGCCAUCUUAGAAAGAAAAAGAGACAUUGAACAAGUCCACAUUGUUCUGAGGUUCUUCUCAGGGGGAAAGAGGAAUUCUCUUGAGGUUCAAAAAGAGAGGAAAAAGCAACCCAGACAUUGAGAAGGUUUCAGCAAGCCACAAAUGGCUUCUUAAGCAGGGAUUGCCCUUCCCCGAAGUGCCAAAAUUCUCUCCUCGUUUUUUUUGGAAGUGUAAGAUAUGGAAUUUUAUCGUCUACUUCUUUGCUGUCUUCCCUGUGAGGCAUCUAAAGCACUUUACAAUCAUGAAUUGCCUCACAACCUCCCAGGGAAAGAAGUAGUCAACACUUAGAGAGAUGGGGAGACCCAGGCACUUGCCUCAGCUUACCCCAGAGGGCAGGGAUGGAUCUGGAGAGGACUUUUGGACUCUCUUCCUAUAUCCUCCAGGAAUUUUUUUUACCCCCUAUGGUUGUCUUGAGGUGUUGGCUGAUAAGGACAGGUAUUAUUAAUUAAGAAAGAAACAAAAACUCAGCAAUGGGUUUGGUGUUUAAAACAUCUUUUUUUUUUUUUCAACAUGAGUUCAGGAUGCUCAUCUGUAAUGAACACAAAUGACAAGCUUGUUUACCUCAUAUGUAUGGACACAUUUGACAGGAGGGGAUUGUCAGGGUGUCUUUUUUUUGCCAUAUGUGUCUGUUAAUUUUGCUCUGUUCAUGUUUUUCUCACUGUCUAGGAAACACAUUUUAAGUUACAAUAAAACAUUUAUUGUCUCAAUGUA